AUGUUGCAGCAUUUGUUGCUCGUUUUCCUACUUUUCUACGUUCAUGGUGCAAGUGGUGGAGUCGGUAUGCUUUAUCCCCGCGAUAGCGAAGCCAGACAGUCGAAACUUCUUGACGGAUUGUGGCAUUUUCGUGCAGAUUAUUCGCCGACACGGAACCAAGGUUUUGCUGAGAAAUGGUGGACGGCUCGCUUGUAUCAGACAGGGCCAGUGAUAGACAUGCCUGUUCCAUCCAGCUACAACGAUGUCACAGAAGACAAGAAACUCCGUGACUUUGUGGGUUGGGUGUGGUAUGACCGAGAAUUCUACGUCGCUUCAGACUGGGCCACAAACCGCCGAAUGGUGCUGAGGUUUGACAGUGCUCACUACAACACAAUUGUGUGGGUCAAUGGCCAACAAGCCUUUCAGCAUGAGGGUGGCCAUCUUCCAUUUGAGGGCGAGAUACAAAGCUUUCUAAAGUUUGAUGGCCGAAACUAUGUCACGGUGGCAGUCAACAACACGCUCACACCUACAACACUGCCCCCAGGAACGAUCCAGUACCAGACGGACACAUCAAAGUACCCUUCAGGAUACUUUGUUCAGAAUUUGCAGAUGGAUUUCUUCAACUAUGCUGGAAUUCAUCGCCAUGUUCGUUUGUACACAACACCACAAACUUAUAUUGACGACAUCACCAUUCUGACAAAUGUGGAGCAGGGUAAAGGUGUGGUCAGUUAUUCAGUGGUGGUCACUGGAGGGACAGCUUCCUCAGUUCAGAUUAGUGUCCUUGAUGCCAACGAUACUGUGGUUGCCUCCAGCAACAAACUGUCCGAUGUAGUAACUAUCGCAUACCCACAACUAUGGUGGCCAUAUGGGAUGAACAGCUCUUUUGUUGGAUACUUAUACAAACUGGAAGUGAAGAUAACAAAUGAUGUCUACCGGCAGCCAUUUGGGAUACGAACCAUCAGGGUCACCAACAACCAGUUCCUGAUCAAUGAGAAACCUUUCUACUGUCACGGGGUGGCCAAACAUGAGGAUUCAGACUUGAGAGGCAAAGGCUUGGACUAUACCCUGAUCUCCAAAGACUUCAACAUGUUAAGAUGGCUGGGGGUCAACUGUAUACGGACAUCCCACUACCCCUACGCUGAGGAGAUUCUGGAGCUGGCGGAUAGGCAAGGGGUGGCGGUCAUCAAUGAGAGCCCUGGCGUUGGCAUCAGAAAAAUUGGGAACUUUGGCAACAUUUCCCUUCAGCACCACAUUGAGGUCAUGUCUGAGAUGAUCCGCCGGGACAAGAACAAACCCUCAGUCAUCAUGUGGUCUGUAGCCAAUGAGCCCAGCUCCAGUUAUAAAGGUUCUGUACCUUAUUUUAAGUCUGUCAUAGAGUUCACCAGGAACACAGACCCAGCACACCGGCCCACAACAUUUGUUUGUUCUGAAACAUUUGAACUUGACAGAGUGAACCCCUUUGUGGAUGUCAUCUGCAUCAAUCGUUACUACGCCUGGUACCAAGACCCAGGACACCUGGAGGUCAUCCAGUUGCAGCUUCAGCGAGAGUUUGCCGGGUUUAGGAACCUCUACGAUAAACCCAUCAUCGUCACAGAAUAUGGAGCCGACACAUUGCCAGGUCUUCAUACGGAGCCGUCUGUUAUGUUCACCGAGGAUUUUCAGGUGGAGUUUCUGGAGGAGUAUCACAAGGAGUUUGACAAGGCCAGGCGACAGUUUCUCGUUGGAGAGAUGGUGUGGAACUUUGCCGAUUUUAUGACAAUUGAAGGUACAACACGGGUGGUGGGCAACAAAAAGGGCCUGCUGACCAGACAGAGGCAGCCCAAAGCAGCAGCACACAUCAUCAGAAAGCGGUACCAUGGUAUUGUUAAUGGAGACAACGACACCUGCAGUUACAGCCAUUCAUCAAAGUAUUCUACAAGUCCACACACAUAUCAUUAG